AUGUCAAGCUUUCUUAACCGCUUAAAAACCUUCAAGACAGGAUCGAAUCAUUCCCACAAUAAUGAAAGUGAUUCAGGGUCGAUCUGUUCAUUUGAUGAAGAAGUAUGUUUUUUCUAUUAUCUUUAUAAGCUUUGGAUUCAUUUAUUUCAAAAGGGUUUUCUUUGUCCAAUUUGUCAUCGUAAAUUCGCUGACACCAAUGGACUUGAACAUCAUUAUUUAAAAGUACAUUCACAAGAACAAUCUCCGACAAUUUAUGAAGAUACAAAUGGAAUUAAAAAUUCAUCAAAACAUGCACAAAUUGAUGAUCCUCUUCAAGAAGCUGCUAUUUGGAAACAACAAUUUUUCGUAUCUGAAGAAAAUCGUAUGAAAUUGAGUAGCGAUUUAAUGCAACAACGACAACGUGUUAGUGAUCUUGAAGAAGAACUUGAUUUAUUCCAUAAACAAUUACGUAGUACACAAUUAAAAGUUAUUGAACAAUCACAAGAAAUUGGAAAUUUAAAAGCAACAAAAGAUGUUUGUGAUGCACAAUUAGCUAUGUUUUCUGAUGAACUUCUUCAAACACAAGGUGAAUUAAAAGUAAAACAAAAUCAAGUCAAUACUCUAUAUAAUGAUCUUAUACCAAAACCGACAAAUGAUGAUGUUGAUGUAUUAAAACGUGAAUUGAUUAGUGUUCAACAAAGGAUGAAUGAAAUGUCUUUAGAAAAAGAACAACAAAUUGAACAAUUACGUUGUAUUCUUUUAGAAAUUUAUGAAUAUACAAAACGAUUUGAUCAAUUCGAAAAUAUAUUUGAUCAAAAUAUAGUUAAUUAUGAUGAAAUGAUAAAUAAUCAUACAUCUCAAAUUCAAAGUGAUAUUACUCAAUUAAAACAAGUUAUUCAUUUGACACGUGAACAAAAGGAAAAAAUGAGUGCAACUUUGAAAUCUAUGCACAAUUGUUUAAAUCAAAAGCAAACAGAAAUAGAUCAACUAAAAGAAACGAAUGCUCAGUUACAUAUGGAUCUUGAACAUCAAAAUCAAUCAAACGAACAGUUAAAUAAUGAUUUACAAAGUGAACAAAAGCAAACAAAUUCCUACCGCAGUCAAAUUGAAACAUUGACCAAUGAAAUUCAUACAUUAGAAAAAGCUUUAGAUGAAUUGCAACAAGAAAAAAACCAAUUACUAUUAACUAAAAUGGAUAAUGAUCAAGAUGAAGAACGACGAAAUCUUGUUCAACAAUUAAUGGAAGAAAAAAAUGAAAAUCAACAGCAAAUAAAAGAACUUCGAAAACAAACCAAACAAAUAAAUGAAGAAAAAGAAAAUAUUCAAGAAGAAUUUGACAAUAUUUCAAAACAAUUAACACAAAUAAAUCAUGACAAAAAUCAAUUACAAGAUGAACAGAUACAAUUUAAUAAUGAAAUUAAUUCACUAAAACAACAAUUAGAUGAUCUUAAUAAAGAUAAAGAACAACAAAUAAACGAAUUAAAUCAAGAAUUAUCUUCUACACGUGAACAAUAUAUUAGUAGUAAUACUAAAUUAGAAAAUGAUCUUCGAGAAGCUCAUGAUAAUCAAAAACAAGAAAUAGAACGAUUAGAAAACGAUAUUAAAGAAAAUAAAUUACAAUUAAGUGAACAAAUCAAUAGAUUAGAAAUAGAAAAUAAUGAAUUAAAACAAACGAUUAAUCAACAAGAGGAAUUAUUAAAUGAAACUAAAUUACAAUUAGAUAACAUACAAAAAGAAAAAGAUGAUCAAGAAAAACAAUCAGAAAAUAACCGACAAACUAUAGACGAAUUACAAUCAAGAAUUUCUCAAUUGAAUACAGAAUUAGAUGAAAAAAACGAAUCUAUAAAUCGUUUAACUGCCGGCAUUCGUCGUAGUAUUGAUCAUGCGCAUAAAACUCAAGAAUAUAUUCAAGAAAAUGUUCUUACUAGUCAAAUGAAUCUAUUAGCUAUUAUUGAACAGGCUGAACAAGAAUCUCAAACAAUUCGUACGCAGACAUUAGAAGAAAUUCAUCACGAAUUCACUAAUUAUUUAACUGUCAUGCAUACAGUUAUUACCGAUAAUAAAACUAAACUAGAAAAACAAACUGAAGAACAACAACAUAUAGAAAAACAAUUGAAUACAAUAAAAAACGAACAUGAUCAAUUAAUUAAAGAAUAUGAUGAACAAAAACAAAAAUUCCAAAUACAAUUAAAUGAACUUAAUAAUAAUUUAUUACAGGCAUCAGAAUCAUUAACUAACGCAAAUCAAACAACAGAUCUUCAACGGGAAAAAUUUGAACAACAAAUUACUUCACUGGAACAUGAAUUAAGUGAUGCACAAUCAGAUCUCGAGUCUCGAACUAAAAAAUAUGAAAUGCAAUUAGCAGCAUUAACAGAAAAUUUAGCUACUGUAAGAGUUGAAAUUAAAAUAGCUCAUGAGAAAUUAGUUAAUUUUGAACAAAUUAAAACUGAAAAAACAGAUCUUCAAGCACGUUUAACUGUAAGUCAAGAUGAAAAUCGUAUUUUAUUUGAACGAUCAUUAACUAGUGAGAGUAGAAAUGAAAAACUUCUAUUAGAAAAUGGACAAUUAGCAAAAAAGAAUUCAGAUUUAGAAUCUGCUUUACAAGAAAUAGCACGUGAAUAUCAAAGUCUUCAAAUUCAUUCAAAUAAACAAAGUCAACGUCGAUGGUUAAAUGAUAAUGAUGUACAUGAUUGUAUGAAAUGUAAUCAAAUAUUUACUCUUACACAACGUAAACAUCAUUGUCGAAAUUGUGGAAAUAUAUUUUGUGAUAUAUGUUCAUCAAAAACAGCUAUUGUUGCAGCAUCAUCAAAAAAACCCCAACGAGUUUGUGAUCAAUGCUUUAAAGAAUUAACUUCUUAA